AUGUCUCGCUGGUGGCUCGCGUGUACCAGCUUCCCUGUUCUGGCGGGAACUAUGAGCGCCAUGGCCACUGUAUUCGGUAUUUGUGCAGUUAGCUAUGGAUGGCUUGAAAUUGAUUCUUCUGAUGUGGAAAGUGUGGUAGUAGUGCAGAGUGCUUGGUGGGCCGUCACGAUCACGGCUAUAUCGCUCGCACUCUCCGCCACAGCUGACCUUGCCCUCCUUCUGAUCAUGAUGCUCAAAUUGGAUGCAGUGAGAGGAUACCUCGCGACGGCUUUACUCUACUUCGUAUCCUCUAUGCUCCUAUUCAGUCUAAUCGGCGUGACUGUGGACCAACCACCCUAUACCAACCCCCCUCAAACACUGCAAUAUACGCAGAACUUCUACUACGGCAUCUUCGCCGCCACUCUCUACCUCUUCAUCGCAGCGCUCCUAGCAAUCUACGCAUGCGGCGUCCGUACCAUCCACCUAAGCAUGCAAGACCGCCGCAUCAUCGAAAACACAAGCAUCGUGCUGCGCGCCUUCACGCUCGCCGCAUUCCUCCUCGGCGGCGCAGCCAUCUACAUCCCCAUUGAAGCAUGGUCCCUAACAGACUCCCUCUACUGGUCCGCAUACACCAUCCUAACAAUCGGAAUCGGCAACAUCGUCCCGAAGACCCAUCUCGGCCGUAGUCUCCUAAUCCCCUACGCGACGGGAGGCAUCACCUGUCUAGGACUAUUCGUCAGUUCGAUCGCCUCCGUUUCAAGGAAGAUGGGCGAGCUGCGCCUGAAGUUCGAGCUCGAGGCAGAAGGUAUCCAUCUCCACGAGACACCACAUCGCGACAUCGUCAGAAUUAGGCAAAUCAAAUCCCACUGGCAAAGCCGUCACCGCUGGAUCGUAUUCAUUUUCUCUUCGUGCGCAUGGCUCCUUCUCUGGCUCGUCAGCGCCCGCAUUUUCAAGUCCUCCGAGCGGGGCCAGGGAUGGACGUAUUUUGAGUCAUUGUAUUUCACGUUCGUGUCGCUGACGACGAUCGGAUACGGGGACUUCUAUCCAACGAGUAAUCUGGGAAAGUCGUUCUUUGUGUUUUGGGCCCUGCUGGCAGUGCCGGUUAUGACGACGUUAAUUGGGGUUGUUGGUCAGGUCGGGUUUCAUACGGUGGUUUAUUUUGUCAAGAGGGCUGGGAGGGGGUGGUGGUCGUGGGGAUUUUGUGCAGGGCGUAUUGGUGCGUUUUUGGAUGGGAGGAGGCUGGAUAUGCCUGCUUCUGCUGGGGGGGGAGCAGGUUUGAGUGUGUCCGGUGCUGUCGAUAUAGAAAGACAGUACUGCCCAGCUUUGCAUGACACACUGAGUCUCCUCCCACUUGAGAGGCAACGCCCAGAUAACUACUUCAGUUCUGCGGAACACAGACUCCACCUCACCGAGGAGAUCAAGAUUCUUGUGGACAUCCUGAAGGAAGACAGCAGAGACAUCGAUCUACAUCGUGAAUGGGCACGUAUUGUAUCUCUGCUCCGUGUUGAUGGAGACGACGGAGAAGAAGUGCUUGCGGCUGAGAGUCAUCGUCAGCAGGUAAUCAGAGAGGUGAUGUCUGUGAAUCAGUCGACGGCGGAAAGAAAUAAGGAGAUUCUGUGGAUGGUCAAGUUGCUGGUUGAGAAGUUGUGCUUUUGUUUGAGGGAGAAUAUAGGUGAGGGUAGAUAG